CGUGUCUAUUUUUUUCGUGUUUCUUUCAAAUUUACCACAUAGCGAGGUCUUUCCCUCUAGCUUCGUACCGAGCACUCCCUCAUACAAAUGGUACAACUGGCGGGAAAUAUUUGAUACAAAGUUGACAAAGUCGUGCGAGUGUAGCCAUGAUUGAAACUGUUAAGGUUAUCGCCCCUCACUUCAUGUUUACUGUUGACCUUUACUAACUUACCGUUUGGCACUGGAAUGUAGUAGUAUUUGUUUCGGAUUGGGAAUAGUUCGCAUAAGUCUAAGUAACGAGAAACUGGUGUAACGUUUGAGAUUGAUCCCUAAAUUCCUCGUUAAAAUGGACGAUGACUACCAGUUAGCACUCUUACUUCAAAAGGAAUUCAAUGAAGAACCUCCUGAAGUAUCUGACGACGUAACCUUAAAAAGUAAAAAUAAACACCUGAACAGCCAGAAGUCCAGUUCAUUGGUGGAUCCUCAAUGGGAAUUUAUUGAUCCUACCCCUGAUAUUCAUAUCCUAUUUUCACAAUUCAAUGAAAGAUUUUUUUGGAGUAAACUUUAUAGUGUAGAGGUGAAGUGGAGCCCAAGAAUGACAUCCUGUGCAGGUGUGUGUGUAUAUCAGGGCCGCUCAGGUUUCUGUUCUGUCCGUUUGAGUCUUCCUUUACUAAAACUGCGCCCUCGGAAGGACCUCGUAGAGACAUUAUUGCAUGAAAUGAUCCAUGCCUUUCUCUUUGUUACCAAAAAUAACAGAGAUAGAGAUGGCCAUGGACCAGAAUUUCACAAACAUAUGAAUCGUAUCAAUCAGGAGGCUGGCACUCAUAUUUCAGUAUAUCACUCUUUCCAUGACGAAGUCCGACUGUAUCAGCAACAUUGGUGGAGGUGUGAUGGACCCUGUCAGCGCAGACCUCCUUUCUUUGGCAUGGUUCGACGCUCAAUGAACCGAGCACCUGGACCCAGUGACAAUUGGUGGGCUCAACAUGAAGCAACUUGUGGGGGAAAAUUUAUUAAAGUUAAAGAACCAGAGAAUACUAAGAAGAAGCCGUCUGAAUCUAAAGCUAAAACAUUAAAUGGAGAUAAAAAUAUAAAUGGCAAAGCAGACAUACGGUCAUUCUUUCCUGGAAGUGGAUUGUCAUCCAAUCAAGGUUCAGUCCUUGGUAAACCCAAUUUUUCCAGUACAUCUGCAGGGAGUUCCAAAAAUCAUCAACCCACAUUUGGCUUCCCUAAAUCUGGCAAUGUUCCAGUGGUGUCAAAUGAUGCUCCAAAGCAUAAUUUAUUUAAGAAACCUGUAAUGAACCAUGUACAUGGUUUUGGAAAUGAGGCACCAUCAUCCUUCAAGCCUGUUGUUAAUCCAGCUGUUAAUAAUGUUUUUGGCUUUAGAGAUAUGAAUGGUCAAAGUAGCAGUAAACAACCAAUUUCUAGUACUUACAGUGGUAAAGGUCAUGUUCUCGGAGGAAAGGGAAAACCUCCUCUCCAAAAUGGGAGGGUCCCCUUUGCUGGAAUGCUGGCAAAUAAAGGGACUGGAACCUUAGUAGUGUCUGGCAAAACCAACAAAACUCGUGGUUCAGAAGACUCUUUAGCCAAACCAAGAGCACCCCUAAACCAAACUACCGUGUUUUCUGGAACUGGUCAAGUUCUGGGUAAAGGAACGUCAAACUUAUCGAACUCAGGCCAUCCCCUUACCAGACUUAUCAGCAAUCCUCCGAAGAACCAAGUAUCUGGGCCCAAAGAGGAUGGUCUACAGGUGAGAGGAGAACCUUCUAAAAGGGUCUCACCAAAUCCAUUAGCUGGCGCAGCACCAAAGAAAAAAUCCAUUGAUUCUACGUCAACCAAUGAUGGAAAGGUAUAUUCUGAUGAAAAACCUAACACAGUGCUUUGUCCUGUAUGCAAUAAAAAAAUUGUAGAGUCAGUCAUUAACUCUCAUUUGGAUGACUGUAUAAAUGCUUGUUCCGAUACUACAGAAAAAGCAGAUGUUGUAGAAGUAGUAAGUAAUUCUGAUGAAGUUAUUGUCCUUAGUGACACUGAGGAAGAAUGUGAUAAAGAAUGUAAGAAACCUUGUCUCCAAGUUGACUGUCCAGGAUGCAGUAUGAAAAUAUUAGAAAGCGAACUAGAUUCACAUCUGUCUCUGUGUGUGAGUAAUUCCUUUGACGAGGAUUUAGUCGAUAUUACUCCAGGUGGUAGUAGCAUGGCGAAUUGUCCAAUUUGUGGCCAGGAGAUACCUGUCACAGACAUGGAUAAACAUCUUGAUAACUGUGCCAGCUGUAGUAUUCAAGAUAUAUCUCAAGUCUUUGAUGAAGAUUUUAGUGAUGAGGAGGAAGAUGCUGCAGUUGGCUCACCUUCAAAGCGAGUGUCUGAGUCUGGUGAACGCCUUUACCCAUGCCCGUGUUGUCUGAUACUGACUGAAAGUAGCAAAAUGAAUGAGCAUCUUGAUCAGUGCACAGUUUGAUUUUUUCUCUUGGCUUAGGUCAUGUCAAUUUUUACUUUAUUUUAUGCCAUUGUUUUCUUUAAAUGACUUACUAUUUUUAAUUAAGACUUUGUAUUCACCAAAAACAUAUUUGUUGUGGAUGUGAUAUCGUAGUUUAAGUGGAAUGUUUACUUUUCAAAGUUAUAACUUAUUCUAUUCUUAAAUUAAAUGUACCAUUGAGUAUUGAAAAUAAGACGAUUGUCAUUUACAGCAUCAUAUUUUCACUGGUGCAUCUAAUUGUGAUAUUAAAACUCACUUUGUAAUAAAUGGUUCCUUUUAUUUUUCUA